ACACAUCAUGCCGCUGCUGCCGCGUCCGCCCGCCGCCGCCGCCGCGUGACAGUGCGUGUCGCCAAACACUAACCUACAACAAAGGCCAUGAAAAUGGAAGACCCCUUCACCACAACUCGCCUUAAAAGACUGAUCGCGGAGGCCGCCGUCAAGGAGUACCUGGCCAAGGCGUGGAACACGCUGCUCGUCGGCUCGAGACAAUGGCUGCAGCAGCACUCGAGAGAUAGCCGCGAAGAGGUGCUUGCUCGCAAAAACGUGCGCACCCCGUCCCUCGACGCAAAUGACUUCGUCGUCGCUGGUUCGCCUCCGUGGGUGGGAACCAACCCCGCCGCCCGCAGGGAUGUUCGAGCGCCCAAGAUCGGAGAUAUUCCGCGGCACUGCGCAGUGGAAGAUGAUGAGGCGUGCUGCUCGCCGCUUGAACCAGAGGCCCUGUUGGUGCGCGCCACCGAGCGGCUCACCCUGCGCCCGGAGGCCCGGGGGCAGCAGCCGGCCGUCGCCCCCGCCCCCGCCGUGGCCGCAGUGGCCGCGACCGAGGGCCGUCGGGGCAACCUUGAGCACGCACACUCGGCCAGCAGCCUCGAGCCGCGGCCCAGGACCGGCCCAGACCAGUCCGCGCGGCCCAUCUACCCCAACAUCCCCUACUCGCCCUACGGGUCGCCCUGCGCACCCAGAAGACGUGCGCCGCUGCGUCAAAGCUCAAAGGUGGAACGGGGAGAAGUGCAAUUAAACCAGUACAGGCUGGAAGGCAGUCUAGGCCAAGGCUCGUAUGGCAUAGUCCAACUGGCGUACAACAGCGACGACAACACUCAUUACGCGAUGAAAAUCCUGUCGAAAAAGAAGCUAAUGAAGAAGGCUGGAAUAUACGGUCGAAUGGCGCCUGGUCGCAAAGGAGACAGCCCCUUGGACCGGGUGUAUCGUGAAAUAGCCAUCCUCAAAAAGUUGGACCAUCCAAAUUUAGUGAAGCUAGUUGAAGUGCUCGAUGAUCCAAUCGAAGACAAUCUUUACUUAGUUUUUGAGCUCGUCGAAAGAGGCGAGGUCCUCCAGCUUCCAACCACGAAUCCGCUGCAAGAGGAGCAGGCGUGGACCUAUUUCCGAGACGUUGUGCUAGGUUUAGAAUAUUUGCACUAUCAGCGGAUAAUCCACAGAGACCUGAAACCGUCGAACCUGCUGCUGGACAAGGACGGCCGCGUGCAGAUUGCUGAUCUCGGUGUCUGCAAUGAAUUCCACGGCACGGACGCGCUCCUCUCAGGAACGGCCGGCACUCCUGCGUUCAUGGCCCCUGAGGCCCUCCGUCCAGACCGAGGUGCAACCUUCAGUGGAAAGGCGGCUGAUGUGUGGUCACUAGGCUGCACCCUGUUCGCCUUUGUGUACGGAAAUGUGCCGUUCCGGGCUGACUCAGUUCUCACCCUGUACAACCGGAUACAGAACCAGACACUGACGUUUCCUCCACGUCCCGUAGUCAGCGCUCCUCUGCAAGAUCUCAUUUCUCAAAUGCUACAAAAGGAUCCUGUGAAGCGCAUCACCUUGCCUUUAAUUAAGGAGCACCCGUGGGUGACAAGGAAUGGCGAAUUCGUUCUUCCCAGUGAGCAGGACAACUGCAGGGCAGUGGUCGAGGUGUCCGAUGAUGAGAUCAACUCUGUCGUGCGUUCCAUCCCCAAGCUGAACACCCUGAUUCUGGUCAAGAGCAUGCUGAAGAAGCACUCAUUCCAGCACCCCUUCUCCUCCAGAAGAGCGCUCACCUCGCUGCACAUCGGCACAAAGGAGGAUUUUGCCAGGGCUGGUCGCUCGCAUUCGGCGCCUGGCGCCUGCUCCGACUGGCAGGAAGCAAGGUCCAAAGACAGUACUCCAGUUUUGCCCGCAGUCACGGAGGGUGUGACCAGUGAUGAGGCCCGGCAGUAACUCACACUUAUUUAAAAAGUUUGGCACUUAUCAAGAGGCUUUAAACUUUAUUCUGUACAUUUAGCAAGUGCCAAAUGACGACUCUCUUUCUCUUGUUAGAAUUGGACUAAUUUUACUCUAUAAAUAAUGUAUAGUGUAACAUUUAAGCGGUUUAAACUUUUGACUCUACAAUUUGGAAAGAUAUAUAUAUUCAACAAACCUACGACUUUUGCUAUUCUACCAAAUGGAGCUACAAAUUUUUGCACAAAUCUUAGUGUCUUACAAUAAUCAGCUCGUUUUUCGUCUUGCCAAUUUGUCUCUCUGCUCGCGUCUGCAGCAACUUUAUAAAUCGCUUAAAUCUCUUCUCUCGAAUAUAUUAUGACAAGAAUGUGAAAUUUUUCUCUUGAAACUAUUCGCUCUUUAACUCUAUCUUAUAUAAUACAUUUGAAAUCUAACUGUUGAAAUGAAAAUCAAAUUGUGAAGCAACAAAUCCUAGCCAAAGCUACUGCUAGAAUUAUUAUUAUAAAUAAAACUAUAAUUAUUAUACUGUUUUGUGCGAUGAAACAUAUUUUGAAGAUUUCGUGACAGAAAACAAACUACAAAAAGUGUACUUUAAAAGAAGUAUAGCUUUAAAAUAUGUGUAUUGCGAUUGCAAUUUAUACCUAUUAAAUUAAAAAAAGAUUAGCUGCGAAACAUUCUCAUGAAAAACAAACUAUACAUAUUUAUCAGAUCUUACACUAAUUAAAAGGUUUUUACAACAAAAAACAAUAAUAUUAACGUGGAAGCUAAAGAUUUUUCAAAAUAUUGCUGCUUGCUUGCUUUUGCAAAUAAUCCGAGAGCAAAAACAAAAUAUUCACGUAAUCAUAUAGAGUUCGAAUUGAAAAAAAAAGAUGUUUACAUAUCAGGAUUGUUAAUCAACUCUGCGAAAAUUGUCUUGGUUCCCAUUAUUCUUAUUACUUAAAUGAGAAUGACAGCAAUGUGCCUCAAUCGAUGUGACGCCAGCAAGGCAAAGAAUGUUAAUUGUUUUCAACACUGACACUCUCCUCUCGAUGUGUUUGACUGAUCAUUUUUAAUUUAUUUGUUUUGCCCUUCGUUUCACGAACCAGACUCACAAAAGAAGCAUUUACGAAACGGGCCACACUCUCGUAUUGGCGAAACACGUUUUUUAUCACUAUGCUGUGUUGACUGUUAAUUAAUUGAAGUACGUAUACACAAAACAAACUGUUGAAUUUGUACAUAAUAUAUAUUUACGCUUAUGAUCCCGUCAAAUAGCCCAUUUUGAUUGUGCACUCGAAAGCGAAAUAAUAAUUGUGAUUUCAACGACGUGAAACCAAAAGUAAUCAAAAGUAGUUUUGGUACAGAUUAAUAAUGAUUGUAACGAUCGAUUAGCCAAACUGUGAGGGGACCACAAAUGAUAAGAGAAACAGUGUAUAGUUGACAGCAAUCUCGGUGUCUCAAUCAUCAACUAAUUAAGCAGCUGCUGCUAUUCAGAGGAAUUCCUGGCGCUCUGCAGGUGGGGUGUUUUGUGUUGAAGGUGAUUUUUUGACUGUUGUUAUCUAUAAAAACAUUCAGAUUAAGUGUCUGUGUUUUGUGUAUUUUCUUAACAUGUGACAAAGGAGAGAUUGUUUCGUGACAGGAAAUAAUUAUUACACGAUGUGAAUCAAUCAAAGUUUCCGUGUAGUAAAAUGUUUGGCGGAAUCUUUUGUAGAGUUAUUUUUUACCUGUUAUAUUUUUCUUUUGUGUCGUCACGAAUAUUCUUUAUAGUUUUGAAAGUGCAUAAUAUUUAAAUUGUGAAAACAAUAAAUUUUGCACAGCAAAAACUGUGUGCGAA